AUGACAGCGACGGAGAUACUGACAGGGUAUGUGAGAGUCAUCAAAAGAGUCCCCUGCCCAUCCAUCCGAGCCGGCAACGAUGCGCUGCAGGAAGCAAAGUUCCUUCAGUCCCUCGACCACCCCCACGUGGUCAAGUACGUGGACGUGUUCUUGCAUCAGGAGGGGCAGGAGCUGGAGGUCUGUACAGUAAUGGAGUUCUGCGAAGGAGGAGAUCUUGCUCGUAGACUGCAGGACGUCAAGAGUCGCGGUGAUUCUUUCACAGAAGAGCAAUGUCGCGCCUGGAUCUCUCAAGUAGCGAUGGGCUUGGAGUAUCUACACAUGGAGAGGAUUAUUCACAGGGACAUCAAACUCCAGAACAUCUUGAUCACCAAGGAAGAGAUACUGAAAAUCGCUGACUUUGGCCUUGCGGGAAAGAUCGACCAUGGAAUGAGGACCUCCAGGGUGGGCACUCCAGCAUACCUUGCUCCAGAGAUGUUGCAGCGAGAGGGAACAGGGGAACCGGUCGACAUAUGGGGUCUGGGCUGCAUCGCGCUUGAGUUGGUGACUCUGUCCUUUCUCACUGACAGAAAAGGCAUGCUCGGGGUGGAGGUGCUAUCGACCCCGCUGGAUGCUGGAAGACUGCCUCAUCGAUUCUCCCCCUCCCUCCGCCGCUGCAUUGUCUCAAUGCUUUGUUUCGAUCCUGCUCAGCGACCAACAGCUACCGAGGUCCUUGAAAUUUGUCAGGUACUAGCCCACUUGCACAGUGCGCUCUGUGCCUUGAGACCUUGGUAUGCUGACACUCGCUAUGUUUGUCCUCCCAGACUUCCACUCCUCUUGAGCCCCUCUCAGGUGCCUACAAGGCCAGGCGAGAGCGAGCGAUCGCGAAAGUGA